UAUAAACAAAAGAGCGUGUGACUAUCGAUCAUUGUAAAAUUAACAAUAAUUUGAUAUUUGUAGUACGCAGUGUUUUAUUAUUUUCUGAUAAUUUGCUAUCCUAAAACUAUGGGAACUUCAUUAUCCUCUAAAAUGUGUAGUUGGUGAUUAUUGCUGUAGUUUUUCUGUACGCUUGUGAGAGAUAUGCUCAGAAUAAGUUUGUCAUCGACGUUGCAGCUGCGAUCAGCACUAGUAACAGGUGUGGUCAGUUGGCUUAUUUUCGGUUGGCCCUUGGUGAACGGGCAGAAGGGGUCGUAUUUCGGUUGUUAUCAGCGAGAUCGGUCUGGCAGGCUGGAAAUUAUCACUGAUGAUUUGGAUGCCUGUGUCAGUCACUGUGAGCUGAAUUAUCACAGAUACGCAGCACUAUCUGAUACGCAAUGUCUCUGCCUAAAUGCAAUACGCACUCAAGUGAUUGAGGAUAAGGAGUGCAAUGUCCCUUGCCGUCAACAUACAGAAAACAGUUGCGGUGGUCAAAGUGCACAAAGCUUCUACGAUACUGGCGUUGAAGUUGCCGGUCCAGUAACGAAUCUAAGGUUGGCACAAAUAGAGGCAGACAGUUAUAUUGAAAUUGCUUGGGAUCCUCCCGUCGCCGACGGUGUCGCAGUAGAAGAGUACGAAAUCAGUGCCACGGCUAUUUCAACUUUCGCCAACUAUGGGUUAUAUCCUAUGACCUGGACAGCUCACAAUAGUUCCCUCAAUUUCGAACUAUCGAAUCUCACUCCUGGGACGCGUUAUAACAUAACAAUUACGACGUUGUCCGAAAAGGGGCGUGGUGGAAUGACUUCGUUUGUAGCUGAAACUGAAAUUGGCAUCCCAGAUCCGGAACCGGAGGAACCAUUGAUAUUGCGGCGGCUAGAUUCUACCAUUCAAAUCGAAAUCCACAAGGCGGUCAAUAAUUACGGUCCGAUAAAUUACUAUCGGGUAGUGGUUCAUUACGUGAAUGAUGAUUUGGUACAGCAGAUUGAUGAAAAAAUGCUGGAUACAUUCCAAAAGUCGAAGGAAAAAGGAGUACCCUAUUACAUAGCAGCUGAGGUAGAGAUGAAGGGUGAAUCAUUGCUCUUCACGGUUGGAGAUGGGCGACACUAUCGUAACUAUUUCAAUCCUCCCAUACCACCGCGCGUUCAUGUUCAUAUUUCUAUCGGCAUCGUAAGCAUUCUGCAUAGUGUGAUCAAAAUUCGCUAUGCAACCACUACUCACGAACAACACCAACAUCCCGACCACUAUCACGUGAACUCGACUAACGUCCCUGUACGUAACGAAGCUCUCAUUACAGUGCUGACCGUAGCAUGUGUGCUUUUUGGAAUUGUCCUUCUAGGCAGCAUUAUUCUCUAUAUUUAUCUUCGGUAUAAGACCCCGAACAACGCUCGUCCAUUGUCCGAUCAUCACGAAAUGGUGCUGCAGGGACCUAUUCUGGAGAUGGAAAACAAUGGCUACCUUCCAGAUAUCUACGAGCAGCGAGGUUUCGAGGCUGAGUUGCAUGAUAUUAUAGAUUCCCUACCAUCUCAUAGAAAGUUUGGACGAAAAUAUCUUACACUUGAGAUUAACAACAUCAUUGGAUCUGGUAACUACGGAGAUGUACUAAAGGGUAGCCUACAGCAGGACGGUGUAGAUCUUGCUGCUCAGGUUCACGUGAUUUCCGAUGACAUGGACAAAAUCGAUCAAAUUGCAUUUUUAAACGAAUUCCGACGAUUUAUUAAACUGGAGAAUCACCCAAAUGUUCUACAGCUUUACGGUGUUUGUGUCACUCCGGACUGGUGCUACGUGCUGUUCGAAGAUUUGCAAACAACACUAAAACAAACACUACUCAACGCACGGAUACCGAACAAUGUCAACAGCCCAAAGUUUUCCUCAAUUUCUGAGGAAAUUAUAAUCAAUAUUUUGUGUCUUGUUUGUGAUGGAAUGCAGUAUCUAGUGGAGAACAAUAUUGUCAGCAAAAAGCUUUGCGCUCGUACCAUCUUCGUAAACACAAAGUUCGAAGUUAGAAUAAGUGCCUUCGGGUCACCGUUGUAUGGAGACAACGAGCAACAGAUCGAUAUCAUCCGGUGGAAUGCCCCAGAAGUUAUAAAAUUUCAAAACCACACUGCCAAAAGUGACGCUUGGUCCUUUGGCUUGCUCAUCUGGGAGUGCUGUUGUUUGGGGGCGACUCCGUUCGGCACGACUACUGUGGAGAAUCUCUUUGCCAACAUACGGGCUGGUUGUCGGCCGGAGAAACCUGCCUUCAUGUUCGAUGAUCUGUACCAGAUGUGCCUUAAUUGUUGGGAUCUUGAUGCCAGUGAUCGGCCCGAGUUUGACGACAUCAGUCGUUACUUGCGCCAAACAUUACCUAUGCUUCAUUACAUGCUGUCGUUCGAAAGGGUUCAAAGCGUGCAACUACCGCCGUACUUACCACAUCUGGAACUGAAACAUUGAGAAAGAUGAAACAAUGAUACAUAUCAGUUUUCAUCAGUGUUAAAUGCAUGAAAAGUAUUUUGGAAACAAUCCGUCCAUUUGGUUUUAUAUUUUGACUGCCGAUUUUUUAGUUAAGAUCAGAGUAACCACAAUAUUGAUUGUUGUAUUAUUGAAAUAUUACACAUUA